AUGUUCAGCUCACAUCAAGACCAUAAGAUCAGAGUAUGGCACAUAUAUACCAAGUACACUCAGCCCUGCAGGCUGCAGGCAGUCCUUCCAACCGCCAAAGAUCGCAUACUGAGCCUCCUGUCGCCGGGCAAGCAUGUACAGGUUCGUCGCCACAAGAAAUGCACCUGGGUGCAGCAUGUUGACGCAGUUUCUGCACUGGCUUUUUCUGACAACCGCACAAUACUCUACUCCGUCUCCUGGGACCGUUCCCUCAAAAUAUGGCAACUCUCAAGCAACAAGUGCAUCGAAUCGGUACCCAGAGCACAUGAUGAUGCGAUCAGCGCAGUUGUCAUAUCAAAGUUAGGGUUUAUAUAUACAGGCUCAGCGGAUACAACCAUCAGGGUAUGGAAAAUGCAAGAAGGUCAAAAGAAGCACAAGCUGGUCGAUACUCUACAGGGGCAUCGAUCAGCUGUAAAUGCGUUGGCGCUGAGUGUCGAGGAGUCUAUACUGUAUUCAGGUUCGUGUGACCGAUCAGUGGUGGUUUGGGGAGGAAGAGAUGGACAUAGAGAAGCCACAGGAGCUCUCAGAGGGCACACCGGAGCGGUGCUGUGUUUGUCGGUAAGCGGAGAUUUGGUAUGCAGCGGGUCGGCCGACCGAACGGUGAGGAUGUGGAGGAGAAGAGAAGAUAAAGGUGAGCAUUAUUGUUUAGGUGUGCUUCAAGGACAUGGAGGGCCUGUGAAGAGCCUGGCAAUGGUGACAAGCGAUGAAGAUUGUGGGGAUGAGUGUAGUUCGUGGUUGGUGUACAGUGGGAGCUUAGAUUGUGAUAUAAAAGUAUGGAAGAUUUUGGUUCCAUCUUCAGAGAGAGAAUAG